CAAGACUGAUUGUGUUUCCUCCCGUCUUUACUGACUGUGCUUGCUGUCAUCAGUCAUGUUGGAUUACCGCAUGAAUGCAUUUGGUGAAGUAUGAUAUUACCCUCUGGGUAUACGACUACGUCUUUACACUGAGCCCUCUGGGUAGCAGCUUGUAAAUUUCUCUUGUUAUCUGGAAUUUCGGCGAUUCAGUUUACCCACAUAGUAUGGUGCUUUCUGGGUUUUCUUGUGAAUACCUCGGGAAGGUUCACACCAACCCAGAGCGCUUGAUUUGGAUAUUGGCUCUACCUUCUUCUAAUCCCCGUCUAUUGAGCUGAAUAAAUCGACUCCCACCCGCCAACCACCCAAAAGAGAAGGCGAUGGACGCUGGUAAUGCACUCAAAAUCAGUCGCUUGUUCAAAGUGCGAUAUGGCGGUGAAGGAGUGGAUUUUGUGGAUCAGUUGAAUUAUCAGUUCACAAGUGGAAUGAUUGUCUUAUUCAUAGUGUUGAUUGGUUUUCGGCAGUAUGUGGGUAAGCCGCUGAACUGCUGGGUUCCCCAGGAGUUCACUAGCUCAUGGGAGGAUUAUGCGGAAAACCUCUGUUGGGUGCAAAACACGUACUUCCUUCUUCCCAAUGAGGCAAUUCCUGAAGAAGAUUUUGAGAUGCUCAAAGUUAAACACAUUUCCUACUAUCAGUGGGUCGCCAUUGUGCUUGCUGGUCAAGCUAUGUUGGCUUGGAUCCCACAUAUGUUUUGGAGGGUGUGGUCAAGAAGGGUCCCAAUUUUGUUACGCAAUGCCCGUGAAGCAGCAGUUCCGGACAAGGAAACUAGGCACAAAGCAAUUAGUUGUUUGGUUGCGGCUCUCGAAGAGAUAUCUGAAGCAUCCAAACGUUACCGGAGGACACGUGGAGUGUUUAAACGCUGUUUCCGCGGAGCACCUCCAACUGCACAGAUCACCAUACUUUUUCUUUUUGUACGCGCCUUGUUUAUUGCAAAUAAUAUCGGCCAGAUUUAUAUCAUGAAACGAUUUAUCGGAUCAAAUGACACUCUCUUUGGAUUGCAUGUCUUUCAAGAGCUACUGACCGGAAGUCAGUGGGAAAUCUCUGGUCUUUUUCCUCGUGUAACUUACUGUGAUGUGAAGGUGAGGAAGCUGGGGCAACUCAAACCGGCAUCAUAUACUCUUCAAUGUGUGCUUCCGGUAAACUAUUUCAUAGAAAAAGUUUACGUGUUUCUCUGGUUCUGGUUCAUCAUUGUGGCCGCGCUGACCAUACUGAAUACUCUGCAAUGGAUAUUUAAUGUUUGUGUACCGUUCAGACGCGUCAAUUUUAUCCGUCAAUAUCUGAAAGCGCUCAGACAAUUGUCACAUACAGAAGAGACUGAAUGCGCACGCUUCGUCAACAAUGAUCUUGGUUGUGAUGGCGUUUUCCUACUGCAAGCAGUGAGUCGCAUUUCGAGUGACUUGAUCGUUCUGGACGUCACUAGUGUGUUAUGGUCCAAUUACCAACGGGCAAAGAUCACUGGCACUGAAGGUGAUAUCAGCCGCUUCAUUGAGAGCAUCAACCGCGUUGGUGGGGGUGCUGUCUGAAGCGGCUACGUGCGUCUCAGCCCGGCUCACGUUAUUCCAAACUGCAUUGAUUCGUCUACGGAUAUUUGAACACAUUCGUGGUGACCAAUCUACUGCGCCUUGGCGGUGAAUCAUAUUUGCCUCUUUGCUUUUUGCAUACAUAUCAACAACGACACUUUUGUCAUUUGCUGGAAUGCAAAUAUGGUCGGCUUUGUCGCCACUUCGACCUGAAAUUGCGAAUCGGAAUAUCGUCAGAUGAAAACAUAAACUCACCCGGCGGCUUCAACCAAGUGAUAAUAUACACAGUCUCUGACAGAGUGAUGUAAAGAGGCUGUGCACUUCAGAUAGGUAAACCAAACUUUCUUUUGUACACGGAAUUUGACAAAACUUGUACUAAUGCUCCAC